AGUACUCCUAUCUCUUGUACUUCUUAGCUUGACGUUUUUCCUGCCAUUGUGAGUUCGUCGCUGCGCUUUCUUCGUCUCGUUCGUAAUCAAUCUCCUGUCAUAUCUCAUUCAUCAAAAACUUGGUUCGUCACGACGUCGUUUCAGCGCUGAACACGCCCUCAAAAAGCGACCACCAUUGCGAGGUCACCUUUCGAGCAGUUUCGGCGUUGAUUUUGCUGCAUCUGGGUGACAGAAAGAAGCGACGACGCUCGCCAAUAUCUAGAUCUUGGAGCACAUUCCAUGGCCGUAUCGCUCGCACCGCAAGAUUUCCAAUUGCCAUUCACAGCUAGCCCUAUGGAUCCCCAGCAGCACAAUCAAACCGGUACUCGUGCCUCGCCUGCCGUUGUUCCAACUAGCGGGACACCGCCUCGCCUCGACCCCCCUGCACGGAGUGCAACGCCCUUACAAAAUGAUUCGAACGUGUCUAACGUGAAUGUCCCUUUCGUUCCAUAUCCUAUGUCUCCCCAACAAUGGCCCAAUCCUCCCCAAGCGGCUUUGUCGCCACAUGGCCCGUUCCCCUAUCCCACCUUUGGUUAUUUCGCUCAGCAACCGGGCAUGCAAAGUCCCUUCCCCGCAUACGAUCCAUCUCAGCAAUCCCAACAAUUCGCGCAGUGGGCUUACCAGCAGAUGAUGAUUGCACAGCAGCAGCAGAUGGCGGCGGCAGGUUUCAUUCCACGUCAACGCACUGGAAGCGCUCCUCAACAUCCAUCCGAUCAGGCGCAAGCCGGGUUCUACCAUGGAAUGGCCUCACCCAUGAUGGCGAACGGCUUCCAGUCGCCAUCCUUUGGGCACAAUCAUACCAAUAGCACUUCAUCGUCCAAAGGCACCUCUACUGAACCAUAUCGUCGGAAUAAUGCCUCGUCAGCUCCAAGUCCAGUUGCCGGAGCCAUCGUGGCUGGUCUUCCUCAGGCUGCCUUUCCACCCUUACAAGCCGCUCAGCCACCUUAUGCGCGGGAACGCAAUGGCUCGGUCACGUCGGUUAAUUCUUCGGGGGGUAGUUCAAGGUCAGUCAACAACACAGACGGUCGUCGCCGCACUACGAGCAUGGCCGAAAGCGCGAAAUCAUCCUCCACGCAUCGCCCUACCAACUCCUCUACUUCUAAUUCUCAGUCAUCAUCAGCCUCACGAAGCCGCAGCCCUACACCCCGUGCCAUACAGACGCGGUCUGCCUCUCCAGAGCCCUCGAAAUCACUGCCAUCUGUACACCAGCGUGGUUCCUCCCCGAACCCUUCCAGUUCUACCCCCCGAACGCGAACACAAUCCACAACCUCGUCUGCUUCCAACACGGCUUCCUCGCCUUCUACCACCCAAUCCCCGUCGGCGCCCGCUCCCGCCCCGAAUGGCUCAUCGUCAGCUCGCGGCCCCCGAGGGCCUCCGAAACCGUCACCGCUAUCCCAACAGGCCACUGUUUCGGACGCGAAUAAACGGCUAAGCAGAGAUGACACUGAUCUCGCUGUUACUUUGCCUGAUGCACCCAGCCACAUUGCUAAAUCAGGUGGCCUCAAAGGGCGUUUGAGGCGGGCAUUGUCUUUCUCGGCCGGUGAAUCGUUGUCCGAGGCGGAACACGAGCCUUCAACACCUCGUUUGGGUUCAAGACGUCAGGUUGUUGCUGCAAAAAACGCCGCCGAACAGAAGGAGGCGGAGAAGAAGCUCAAAUCGUCUAGCUUGGGUUCAAAGACGGCCUCGACGACUCAGUCCCCAGUCAAUUCCCAAACUCAUCCAGUUGUUGAUGAAGAAGAACUCGAGGCUCCUGACCCCUCCCUGAGGUCUGGUAAGAAGAAAGGACGUUCCUUGUUUAACCGCAAAUUCAAUGCCUCAACCGACAACAUCUCUCUGUCGUCUACUGUCUCCUCAGCUUCGCUUAUGAUUCGUAAAAUUGGCUCUGUCGGUGCCUUGGCACGCCGAAAGAGCCUUGCAGGCAUCACCAGCCUGUUUAAAGACAAAAAGGACAAAUCCAAGAAAGGUGGCACUGCGGAACCUGAUGUCUCGCUCGUUAAUGCUGAACUUGAUCGAGAUCUACCCGCCUUGAGCCCAGAUGAGAUGGCUGGCUUGAGUCCAGCGGCGAAGCUGGCGCGACAACACACUCUUCGGAGCAAUGCAGAAGCUGCAGCAAGAGCAAGGGCGAACCAGGAGGCUAAAAUGAAUCAGCCAGCCGCUUCAGGUUCUGUACCAACCUGGGAACGCGACACUGCUAAGCGGGAGGCAAAUAGCCCUCUUCGUGUCCGAGGUCAGGCGGAUGAAAACGGGAGACGAUUGAGUUCUCACUCGCGCAGCUACAGCGAGGAUGGGAGUGAGGAUGGUUCAUUGUUAGGACAUGUCCAGCAGCGCUUCACGAUUGAAGAAAACGAUUUUUUGGACGAAGAUGACGAGGACCUGGAUGAUGGCGACGUUACGGUGCGACACGAGAGCAUAGAAAUUGAAGUGGAGCCGUGGGCUGUCGGCAUACGACGUUCGAUUGAGCGAACGCGAGUACCCUCCAAGGGUAUCUUGAAAAAUGCUGUCUCGUACAAUCAAGAGAACGACCUCAUGCUCAGUCGAAGUCACUCCCUUAGCCGCCACCGUUCAAAUUCUUACGAUACCGUCUCUCAUCAUCAUCACGUGGAGCCAGGGCCUCUCGCCCGAAUUCCAUCUGCGGACCCUGACCACAUUGAUGGCCUGCCAUCUCAUGAGCCGCAUAGUUUAUUCCCGCCCUUGAAGUUUGGCGAUAUUCCAAGCUUCACCGAUUCACCUACCUCCACGGCCUCUUCAUCGCCUACGCACGAGAAAAGUGGCAUGAUCAACAUUUCGCACCACCCCAACAUGCCAUACGCCCAUCCCAACAUGAACUCCUCCGCACCCACUCUUUCUCUGAUGCAUUCGGAAAUGACGCCCAGAUCCAAAACGGCACCCACGGUGACCAAGAAGACCACAUUUGCAGCAAAUCUUUCAGUGUACGACACCUUCAGUGCCUUCACCUAUGAUCGACAUUCGGAGCCUGCCACAUGUAACCAGCUCACGCCGGCUCUAGCACAACGGAUCAAGGAGGAACUCAACGCUUACAAAAUGGAAGAGAUGGAAGUACAUCACGCAAGUCGUGCUCAUACACAGUUCUUUGUCUAAUCAGGGGAUUUUGAUGGUUUUCCUUGUGGUCCUCGCUCAUCUUUACUCAAGUUUUAUAUUCGCCCAAAAUCAUUACAUCCGCGCAAUUACUAUCAUUUUA